UCUAUCCAAACUUUACACACAAUAACCAUUAAUUUAUUCCUAUCUUUUCAUUAAAUUAAAUUCUAAAUCUGGUAAAAAAUGGGCAUCCAAAGCAUUUACAGCAGCUUGAAGCAGAAAAUCCAAGGAUCUACAAAAAAGGAAAGAAAUGAAACAUACGAAGAAAAGAUCAACAAGCCACCUCAAACGCAAAAUAUUGGCGAGCAAAUACAACUACUGCUGCAUUCCAAAUCCUUUGAAAGUGCAUACAAUACCGCCGCCCCAUUUCUUUUUGCCAGUUUGGGGGCGUGGCCAGGCUAUUGGCUUUUCCGGGGAAUGGAUUACCAUGUGCAUCGAUCGCAUAUUCCAUUGCCCAUCUAUAUAAGACAGACCUACUAUCAAGCCAAAGUGGUUCAGUUAUUUAUUAUUUUGGCUGGAACUUAUACUGUGUUCAGAAAUAACAGCCGCCUGAACACAAAUGGCGUGGUAGACUCAUAGUUCCUAUGUAUAACUUUUUUUAGAUGCCCAAAUGCCUUUCCUAAAACUGAUCUAAAAAUAUCUGAAAGCCGAACUUUUAAUUUAACAAACAUAAUUUGAACAUAAAUAAAUUCUAUGAAUUAUUUUCUAUAUGGUUCGGUGUGUGGGGGGAUUUGGUUCAUUGGACUCAUCAUUGUUUUUUGACUCUUCAGUUUUCGAUUGAAGUUCCCCAUCAUGGGUUUCCUCAUCGCUGAUCUCUCCUCUGAUCUCCUUGAUCAUUUUUGCUACCAACCAAGGUUGUAUGCCAUUGUUGAUCAGCUCCAUGGAGAUUUUAAGUGAUUCCUUGCUCAAUCCAGCGUUUACUAAUUCCGACAUACAAUGUAGCACCGUUAGGGCUUUUUUGGAUUUUUCAUUAGACGAGUUUUUAGACAUUAUUUCGGAAAAAUUUGUUGAUAUAAUAUAUAUAUUUAACCCUUAGAAAUUCUGAUACAAUUUUUUGAAUAGUUACAAUUUCAUGCCCGAAAGAUU